CGGCCUGCCGCUCACGCACUCAGGCACACACUACCUGUGUCGCACUGGUCUCUCCCAACGCAGGCUCUCCUCGCCGUCCUGUCACAAACAAAGGGUCACCCGGACACAAACCUGCGCACCUCGCGGGGCAUCUUGGGAAAUGUAGUCCUGGCCGCGUCUGCUUCCUGGCUCCACACAGGUUUAUGUUACUUUCAAACUCAAAAGAUGUCAGUCAUUGACCUGUCUUCCACAUCGACUCUACCUGCACAGGACUUGAUCUCCUUUUGUGUGAGAAAAACUGAGGAGGAAAGAACAGUUACUGGAUUAUUGACUACCUGGUUACAAGAACCAGUGACCAUCAAGGAUAUAACUGUGGAAUUCACUCAGGAGGAGUGGAUGAUGCUGGACUCUGCUCAGAGAAGUCUGUACAAAGAUAUAAUGUUGGAAAACUGUAGAAAUCUCACAGCAGUGGAGUAUCAAUUAUGCAAGCUUUCUGUGAAUUCCAUCUUGGAUCAAGAAGAGAUAAACACUAUGAAAAGAAUUCCCCAAACUCUCUGCCCAGACUGGAAGAUUGAAUUUAAAACCAAAGAGUCAAUUCCUACACAUAACAUCUUUGGGGAAAAACCAUCCAGUGAAUUGAAAAUACAAUUCAUAAUGAAUGAUUGGUCCUCUACAUUAAAAGAAGACUGGGAAUGCCAUAUGAUCAGAAUACAGCACAAGAUCCCAGAGAGACAUUUCAGACAAGUGACACAUACCCAAACUAAAACAGCAUCUCAGAAGAAUUUCUGUGAGAAUCAUGAAUUACAGGAAAACUCUAUACAUAGAUCAAAACUUAUGUUUUCACAGAGGGUUUCCACUAGUAAACACUGCCAAAAAUGUGAUUCAGAUGUUCAGUGUUCAAAAUAUAAUUCAGUGCUAAACAGUUAUUAUAAUUCUAUGAAUGAAAAGCUCUGUGAAAGUCAUGAAUAUGAUCAUGCUUUAUGGCAUCUUGCAAGAAUGCCAGCAAUACAAAAGGAGUACGCAUGCUCUCGAUAUGGUAUACACUUCAAAUAUGAUAGUAUGGUUCCUAUACAUAAUAAUAUUCACUUGGUGAGAAAUUCCUGUGAAUGUAUUAAAAACAAGAAACCUUUUUGUCAUCAUUCAUGUCUUAAACAACAGCAGCAAAUUCAUACUGAAGACAAACAGCAUGAAUGUAAUCAAUGUGGAAAAGCCUUCAAAAGGAUUUCUAAUUUUAUUUUGCACAAGAAAAGUCACAUGGGUGAGAAACGAUAUGAUUGUAAAGAAUGUCGGAAAGUAUUCAAUGAUUCUUCAACUUUAAGAAGACAUGAAAGAACUCACACUGGAGAGAAACCCUAUAAAUGCAAUCAAUGUGGAAAAGCUUUCAGUCAAAAAACAACUCUUAAGGCUCAUGAGAGAACGCACACUGGAGAAAAACCUUACAAAUGUAAUCAGUGUGGAAAAUGCUUUGGCACAAGCUCUUACCUUAUAGUGCACAAGCGAAUACACUCUGGAGAGAAACUCUAUGACUGCAGUGACUGUGGAAAAGCCUUCAACACAAGCUCCCACCUUAAGGCUCAUAAAAAAAUACACACUGGAGAAAAUCUUUUUUACUGCAGCGACUGUGGGAGAGCUUUUAGUGGUCUCUCCUCCCUUAGAAUGCACAUCAGAACUCAUACUGGAGAGAAGCCUUAUGAAUGUACAGAAUGUAAGAGGGCCUUCCGCGUGUCCUCUUCCCUUAGGAGACAUGUAAGAAUUCACACUGGAGAGAAACCCUAUGAAUGUAUUCAAUGUGGAAAAGCUUUCAUUCAGAGCUCUUCACUUACUAUACACAAGAGAAUUCAUAAGGGUAGAGAAACCUAAGUAUUAUAAAUGUGGAUUUGUCUUAUAGGUAACCCCAAGCUUAUUAUUCAAGUUUUUAUUCUUAGAUUAGCAUUUACUGCUAUUAAUGGCCUUGAAAAACAGUCAUGUAGCUAUAUAAGACAUUAUGUUCUAUGGUAAUAUAUAUUUAGUUCUGAAUAUGGUUUAAUUUUUUUUUUUUUUUUGUAGUGGUACAGGGGAUCGGGAUCUUGCGCUUGUG